UCUCCGAAGCGGAGUUGGUUAGUAGUGAUGGCGGAGAAUCUGUGAGCGUUGGCGAAGCUUAUCUCGGGUCGGCUUGGCUGUGUAUUAGUUUGGCAGAUACCGUAAUGAGAAUCAACGGGGGCUAAAAGCGACCCGUCCUGACCAUCCCAUCUUUCCGGCCACUUUGCCGUCACGCCACCUCAAUCGCUUCGGGGGGUUGUUCCUUGCUGCACUCUCCAGAGUAUCCCAUCGAGUCAGUGCCAUACUCACGAGCCACCAUCAUGGCGGCUAAAUUGAUCGAUCGGCGCUUCCAUAACAUCCCAGGCAGGCUUCGGGUGGCUGAGCUGUUCUUCGAUGUCCCUCUCAAUUACAGCAAGCCCACCGAUGGCACUCUGAGACUUUUCGCCCGGAGUGUUCGUCGUCUGAUUACCCCGGCCGAGCCCCAUGAGGGCAUCAAGGAUGACAAGCAGCUACCCUACCUAGUGUACUUGCAGGGUGGUCCCGGCAUGGGAUGUCGCCCCCCGCAAGAGUAUGGCUGGAUUGGAUCAGUCCUUGACAAAGGAUAUCAGGUCUUGUUCCUCGACCAACGUGGCACGGGCCUCAGCUCGACCAUCACAGCAGGCACGCUUGCCCGCCAAGGCAAUGCUAUCAAACAAGCAGAGUAUAUGAAGAACUUCCGCGCUGACAGCAUCGUACGCGAUUGUGAGGCUGUUCGUCGCUGCCUCAUGACGGAUUACCCCGAGGACAAGCGGAAAUGGAGCAUCAUCGGCCAGAGCUUUGGAGGGUUCUGCGCUGUGACCUACCUUUCCUUGUUCCCGGAAGGGUUGGCCGAGGCCUUCAUGUGUGGCGGACUUCCUCCCCUUGUUGACAAUCCUGACCCCGUUUAUGCACGGACAUACGAAAAGGUCCUCGAAAGAAACAAGGCAUACUAUGCCAAGUUCCCCAAAGACGUCGAACGCGUCAAGCAGAUUGUCCAGUAUCUGAGCGACAACCAAGUUGCUCUGCCAACUGGAACUCUAACCCCGGAGCGAUUCCAGCAACUGGGCAUCUUGUUCGGCAUGCACGGUGGUCUGGACAGCAUCCAUGAUCUCGUGCUCCGCGCCUGGAGCGACCUGGAUAUCUUCGGCUUCCUCACCCAUCCCACUUUGACCUCAAUUGACAGUUUCGGUGGCAUGGACAACAACGUCAUCUACGCCAUUCUGCACGAGGCUAUCUACUGCCAGGGAAAACCCUCAAACUGGUCCGCAGAUAGAUACCGCAAAUCCAACCCCGAAUUCCACAUCGACACCUCCAAGCCCGAGAUCCUCUUCACUGGUGAAAUGGUCUACAAAGACAUGUUCGAGUCCUAUACAGAGCUCGCCCAGAUCAGAGACGCAGCGGAAAUUCUUGCAGCGACUGAAGACUGGCCCGCGCUUUACGACGAAGCCCAACUGGCGAAGAACGAAGUCCCUGUUUACGCGGCCACGUACAUUGACGAUAUGUAUGUGCACUAUGAUCAUGCGCAGAACACCGCGGCCAAGAUCAAGGGCAUCAAGCAGUUCAUUACGAAUGCCAUGUAUCAUAAUGCGAUUCGGAGCAAGUCGGAUGAGCUUAUUCAGCAGCUGUUUGCUUUGAGGGAGGACACCAUUGACUAAGUGGUCAUGGUCAUGGUCAUGGUCGGGCUGGGAUUACUAGAGUGGUAGUGAGAUUACGUAUAGAUGAUUGAUGUCAAUGUAUUAACGGGGUUGUGGUGGAUUCAUGUCGUGAUAAUGAUUGCAUGCUCUCCAACCUAUGUCAACAGUCAUUAGACUAUUGUGUCUUUAACCAGAGCGCAAUUCCAAG